AUGGAGUACAGGAGAAACUGGGCUGCAGCAAAUAGGACUUUAAGAAAUGCUAAUGUUACCAUGCCCCUUAAUCAUGAGGAUGAUGACCUCUUUGAACUUUCUCCUCACACUUCACCAUUGAGAAAUAGUGAUAAUGAAUCUGACCUUGAACAAGAUGAACCUAGUCCAAAAUGUGCCCGUACCAGCCCUCAACCAUCUUUACCUUUGCAUGAUGAUGUCGAUUCUGAUGUUAUUGAAAGAAAUGAUGGUAGUUCUUCUAAUUCUGAAGAUGUCAACGUAAACGAUGAUUCUCUUUGUGAAGGGUAGGUGAACUGGACCAAUAAGUUUUUGAUCAAGCAAAAUGCCCUUGAUAGUUUGCUUGUCUUACUAAGAACUAAUGGUCAUCCAGAUUUGCCAGCUUGUGCGCGUACAUUGUUGCACACCUCAAGAAGCAUUUCCAUUCAGAAAAAGUCAGGAAUGGAGUAUGUUUAUUUUCCACUUGCUGCCCAGUUGCUACACCAUUUUAAGAGAUACCCAGCAGAAACUGUUCGUGGAAUGGAUACUCUCGAAAUCUCUUUAAAUGUAGAUGGCCUUCCCUUGUUUAAAAGUUCAAGCACAAAUUUAUGGCCAGUGUUAUGUGCGAUAGUUAAUGUCAAACCUAUCAUAGUUUUUCCUGUUGUUUUGACGUGUGGUUCCUCCAAACCUAAGGAUUUAGAGUUUUUAGAAGAACUCAUCAAUGAUUUGGAUAAUAUUCUAAAAGAUGGAGUGCAAGAUGGGGAUAGGGUACUUUCUGUUUCUCUCAGGUGUGUUGUUUGUGAUGCACCAGCUAGAGCUCUCGUAAAAGGCACAAAGUUGUGCUCUGGCUAUUUUGGUUGUGACAAGUGUGCACAGAAGGGCUUGUGGGUUGGCCGAGUUACAUAUCCCCAGAUUAAAAAUGUUGAAUUAAGAACUGAUGCUUCCUUCAGACAACAAGUCAACGAAGAACAUCAUCAUUGUGUUAGUCCUUUUUGUAAUUUGCCAGUUGAUGUGGUAAAGAAAUUUCCUAUUGACUACAUGCACCAGUUGUGUUUGGGAGUUAUGCGGAAAUUGAUUUUAGCCUGGAUGAGGGGAAAACGUGACGUCAGAAUGUCGGCUGGUCAUGUGGAAGCUGUCAGCAAAAAAUUGGUAGAGCUGAAGCCUUUUGUACCCACUGUAUUUGCACGAAAGCCAAGAGGUUUAGCAGAAAGUGACAGGUGGAAGGCAACAGAGUUCAGGUAGUUUCUUUUGUAUACAGGUAAACUUGCCUUGAGUGGUAUACUAAGACCAGAUCUAUAAGAACACUUUUUGGUUUUAAGUGUUGCUAGCUCAAUUUUGGUGUCCCCUGCUUUAGCUCAGUCUCAUAAAGAUUAUGCUAAGCAGUUGAUGGAAUACUUUGUUGAGCAGGGCAAGCUUUUGUAUGGUGAUGAGUUCUUGGUGUACAAUGUACAUAGCAUGAUUCAUCUCGCUGACGUGGUUGGGGAGUUUGGUAGCUUGGAUGCAUGCAGUUCUUUCCCAUUUGAAAACUACAUGCAAAAGUUAAAAAGGCUUGUUCGCUCAGGAAGGAACCCAAUCGCUCAAAUUGCCAAACGUAUGAGCGAAUAUUCUGGUACUGUUGAAGACACCAGACAAUGCUUUCCAGUUGGAUGA